AUGUCUACUGAUGAAAAUAGUGGAACUAUGCAUGUGAUGCCAGUCUCCAAUACGGAAAUCGAAAGACCACCGCGUCAUAGCGAUCGGUCCUCCGAAGAUUUAGCUGUCGUCAACAUUGUACACUAUGAGUUCAAAGAUAAAGUUGGUCAACCGUUCAAAUGUCACACGUUGAACUUGUGGGUGGAUGGAUUCUGUGGGUCAGGUGAUCCGACAAGAUUCAGCCUGGGAUCGCUUGGUAACAGUAGUCGACAAGUUGGUGUAAUUCCAGUAAGAGGUCAAAUAGGCAAAGGUAUGCAAAUGCAAUAUAAUAACGGCCGAACGACGAUCACAUGCCUCAGUGAAUCUCCAUUGUUUGUGCAAGCUCCGCUACAUGCUAGACGUGUGAAUGACGAUACAUCUACUGUGUACCGAUUAUCUGGUGUUGCUCAAGAUGAUAAUGUCGAGAGUGAGUUCGGGACGAUAGACAUUUUUGAUGAACUCUUGUUUGAGCAAGCUUCUGGAAGAAGCACGCCAACAAGGAUAUCGACAUGUAUACGCCCUACAGGUGAGCAUAGGAGGUCAUUUAGCUUGUGCAUAUGCAGAGUAUCCUUUGUGAAAGGUUUUGGUAAAAGUUAUCGACGUAUGACUAUACUCGACACACCUUGCUGGAUCGAAAUUCACUUCAUGAACUACCUACAGAAGUUGGAUGAGGUUCGUGGUUUCAUCUUGUCUACAGUAUCGUUACAGUUCUUUCGACGUUACCGACACCCGCCCAUGAUGUAA